CGGAGGUCUGUCCUGGGGAAGAGAGUGCAGUGGAGAAGUGAGGAGAGCAAGCAUCCUUUAAGUUUAAUAUAGUGUGAACCUUCUGAGCAGAAGAUGGGUCAGGAUUACUACAAUAUCCUGGGCAUCAUUAGGAAUGCAACGGACGCGGAUAUUAAGAAAGCGUACCGUAAAUUGGCUCUAAAGUACCAUCCAAACAGAAGUACAGAUCCAUGUGCAGAGGAAAAGUUCCUACAAAUUGCAGAGGCUUAUGAUGUUCUAAGUGAUUUAAGAAAGAAAGCAACUUAUGAUAAAUUUGGUAUGGAGGGAUUGAAAAGAGGUGUUCCCAUUGAAUUCGAUGAAACUGGUGCUUGGACAUCUGGAUAUACUUUUCAUGGAAAUGCCCACAAAAUCUUCAGGGAUUUCUUUGGUGGAGAUAAUCCAUUUGCAGAUUUUUUUGAUGCAAAAGGAGAGAUAAGCCUGGGAUUUGGAGGGCUACGAGGGCGAGGAGUUAAGAAACAAGAUCCCCCUAUUGAAAAGGAGCUGUAUUUAUCUUUAGAAGACUUGUAUCAUGGAUGCUUGAAGAAGAUCAAAAUCUCACGCAGGACUAUGAAUGAAGAUGGUCACACUUCAAGCAUUAAGGAUAAGAUCCUGACCAUUCAAGUUAAGCAAGGCUGGAAACCAGGAACCAAAAUCACAUUCCCAAAUGAAGGAGACCAGGGUCCAAAUAAUAUUCCAUCAGACAUUAUAUUUGUUGUGAAAGAGAAACCACAUCAAUGGUUCUGUCGAGAAGAAAAUGAUCUAAUUUUCUGUGCUCAAAUUUCCUUGGCAAAGGCCCUAACAGGUCAUACCGUGGAAAUUGAGACACUCGAUGGCAGAUUUCUCAGUAUCCCAAUCAAUGACAUUGUCCACCCUAGAUACACUAAAGUAGUCCCUGGAGAAGGAAUGCCCUUAUCCAAGAAUCCAUUACAAAAAGGAAACCUUGUGAUCCAGUUUAACAUUCAAUUUCCAGAAAAGCUCACAACAUCAAAGAAGAAGCUGAUUAUUCGAGCAUUACAAGUAUGAAGUCAAAAAUGGCAAAAAGAAAGACAGUUAUUAAAAAUCAGGACUUUGUAUGUACCCAUCUGUAUUGAUAUAUAAUGCAUUAAUCUAUUUGCAACAUAAAUUAAAGUGUGUUUAUAAAUAGAGAUUGCUGAAGCAAACUUCUUGUACUUGAUUAUUGUGUGUUACAUUUCCUAUAAGAGUUCAUGAAUUAUGGUCAGCCUUAUUGUAACUAAAUCAGACUAAUUAUAGCCUUUGACUGGUAGGAGCAAAAGAACUUUUACACAAAUAAACAGACAUUUGUUUUCGAACUGAAAA